AUGGCUGCAGCACCUCCUCCCCUCGCCGCUGGACUGGUAUCGACGAGCGCGACGCAGCAAGUGAUUGUGCAGUGCGGCCGGUCGCUCGUUUCCGCGGAUGCGGGCCCCACGGACAAGACAAAACAUGAAAGUGCCGAUUCAUUGGACAGGAUUGAAUCCGAGCAAGCUCCACAUUGGGCUCUGUUCCGCUGGCAGCUUGGCCUUUUUCGCUCUCCCAUCACGCAAGUCGCCUGCGGAGAGGGUCACGCCCUCUUCCUCACAGAGGUUGUAUGGAGCUGUGGUAACAACGAGGAAUUUCAGCUGGGCCGCAUCGCCCAGGCCAUUGAUGCUCAGCGACUGCUCCCCGUGGACCUGCCGAGCAAGCUCAAAGGCACCAUCGUGGAUUUAGCUGCAGGCGCAGAACACUCGGCUUUUGUUACCGCCUCGGGCCAGCUCAUCACCUGGGGUGGCAACGACUACGGUCAACUGGGUCGAGGCACCAAGUGCAAACCAGUGCCAGCCAUCGUCAAAGGCAAACAAGUCUUUACGCGCGUGGCAGCUGGCAACUACCAUUCGGCGGCGCUGACCGACGUGGGUACCCUCUACACGUGGGGCGAAGCCGAAGCCGGCAAGCUAGGUCAAAACACCGACGACGACGUUGCGACACCCAAACCGGCUGUGCUUCCAAACACAUGGAGCCGUGGGCUGGCAGUGGCGUGCACUGCCAACUCCACCACAGUGCUUGACGAUGCUGGUCGCUUGUGGAGCUGUGGAGACAACAGUGAAGGCCAAGCCGGGCACCCGCGGCAGCAGGCGCAGGUCUCUCAGCUGACAGAAAUGGAAAUUCUUCCCACCAAAGGCAUCGCCACCCCGACCGUCUUCACGCACGUCGCUUGUGGCGAGAGUCAUGUUGUGGCGCUCACCAAUGAAGGCCAUGCGUGGACCUGUGGGUCCUCCCGCUACGGCAUGCUUGGACAUCGCAAGCUCUUGGAUGACGUUUUUGCCUUGCGACGAUUGAGUCCCUUGCAAGAAGCCUCACUUUCGGCCCGCCUCAUUGCUGCCGGCAGCAGCACCACCCUCAUCAUCGUGGACGCUCCGCUUCCCACACCACCCCCAAGGAAGCCCGUGCUGACGGAGAAACCUGUGCAGUCCUCCAUAAACGUACCACCCACGGCCGUCGCUUCCCAGGGUGUUGCCCCUGCACCGCGCUCGCCACGCAAGUGGACCGAUGGCUCAAGCGACGAAGAGGAUCCCCCUUCCGGCGAUGAGAGCAAAACGCUUGCGCCAGGAACAAUAGUUGGUGGCGUGCCACAAAGCCAGGUUCAACCUCGAGCUCAACGCCGUCGUCGCCCACCCUCAACCACAGAUGCAUCCGCCCCGCCCCGCCAGAUUGCGGUCGUGGGUGCCGCCACGGGACCCGCCCCAACAGUGGCAGCUGCGCUGCAACCCGUGGCAGAUGCGCCGCCAGCCGAUUCCACAGACGCGGACGAGAGUCUGGCGCCCAUCAGUCCCCGCGGCUCAGGACGCUUGAGCACGGCUCGGCAAAAUCGGCGUCAGGCGCGCCUGGCCCAUGGCUCCGCCCUACCCCCUAUUCGUGGUGCACCUGCAGGCGUUGGCGUUGCUUGGGCUGACCCGCAUCCAGGUCUCACCCCUUCAGAAACUCCUGUGCUACCAGUCGGCUCGGACAGGUGUGUUCUGCGCUCUGUCCCCGCCCUGUCUCGUGAAAUGGGCUGGUGGGCGUGCUGGUAUACCCCUCAUACUGGUGUGGUACAAACCUAG